AAAAUUCUGAAAGGAUAGAAAACAGAAUCAGAGAAAAUAUUUUGGAAGGAAGAAAACUGAAGAAUCAUAUUAGAAAACAGAAACCCAAGUCGUGCAACGUUGUUGUGAAAGCGUGUUGGUUUUGGUUUUAGAGAAAAGGAAGGAUAGGAAGGAUGUCUUGCUCGGUUGCGGUUUCGAGCUCUCCAGUCUUCUCGCCCUCGUCGACGCUGUUCUACAACAAGGCCUCGAUGAUCUCACCCUCGCACGAAGCGCUAACGCUAACGCUAACCCACCUAAAGCCUCCACACUCGUCGUCUUCUUCUUCUUCGGCUGCUCUGUCUUCUCCUAAGUCGCCGUCCUCGCCUUUUAGGAUUCGGCUUGCGAAGCCGCCAAGUGGGUUGUCUUCUCCUUCGAUUUCGGCUUCUGGGUCGUCGACGACGUCGCCGAGUACGGUUCUGAAGAGGAAGAGGCCGGCAAGGCUUGCUAUUCCGGUGGCAACUAGUUUUGUGGCUCCGGGGACGCCGUCAGUGGCGGCGAGGGAGGUUGUGGAGGAAGAGGGAGAUGGGUAUUCUGUGUACUGCAAGAGAGGGAGGAGAGAGGCUAUGGAGGACCGUUACUCUGCUGUCCUUAACGUUCAGGGAGAUUCCAAACAGUCUUUAUUUGGUGUAUUUGAUGGGCAUGGAGGUGCAAAAGCUGCUGAGUUUGCGGCAGAAAACUUGGAUAAGAACAUAAUAGACGAAGUGAUGAGCAGGGGUGAUGAGAAAAUUGAGGAGGCCGUCAAGCAAGGUUACUUGAAUACAGACUCCGAUUUUUUGAAAGAAGAUGUAUGCAGUGGCUCUUGCUGUGUGACAGCGCUGAUCAGGAAAGGGAACCUUGUUGUAUCUAAUGCUGGUGACUGUCGUGCUGUUAUGAGCAGAGGUGGUGUUGCUGAGAGCCUGACCUCUGAUCAUCGACCUUCAAGGAAAGAUGAAAAGGACAGAAUUGAGGCCACGGGUGGCUAUGUUGAUUUUUGCCAUGGUGCUUGGAGAAUUCAGGGAUCUCUGGCUGUGUCUAGAGGGAUUGGUGAUCAGCACCUUAAACAAUGGGUCAUAGCAGAGCCGGAUACAAAAGUCCUUAGAAUCAAACCAGAAUAUGAGUUCUUAAUCUUAGCAUCGGAUGGUUUAUGGGAUAAGGUUAGUGAUCAGGAAGCAGUAGAUCUUGCUCGUCCUUGGUGCCUGGGCAUUGAUAAACCAGAACCAUUGACUGCCUGUAAAAAUCUUGCAGACCUUUCGGUUUCGCGAGGCUCUUGUGACGAUAUAAGCGUGAUGCUAAUCCAACUGCAGCGCUACAUUUGAUUUUCCUGUUACCUGCAGAGUAGGAAAUCAAACUGACAUAUUGGUUGAGGAAAUUUUCAUUCUUUGUACGUCCAGUUCAUAAGUGGUUUUGAUCACAAAUUUGAUGGAGAUAUAGUGGUGGUGGUGGAAGGUGAUUUUUUAUUAUUUAGAGUAGCCUGAUUAUUUGUUGUAGAUAUUUGACAUAAUUCUGGAGAUUUUACAAUCAUAGCUAAAGAAAGGAGAUUCAAAAUAGUCAGAUACUUGUAAUAUUCUUUAUUUAUUAUACACAUCUUCAAAUAACCUUCAUAUAUUUCAGUUUAUUCUUUAUUUGUA